CUUCGAGGCGUGCACUGGUACGAGCUCGCGAGCCAUUGUCAGUGCAGUGUAGGCUCUGCUACUCGUUGGCCAUUCCAAGAAGCUCUCUGUUCCUUGAAAGCAGGGGAUCAUGAUCACGGUGGCUUCGCCGGAGGUGCAGCAGCCGCCGACUGUGGCCGUGGAGGCGGCAGUUGCGGCGGCACCGGAGGCGACGACGAUCUUCCGGUCCAGGCUCCCGGACAUCGACAUCCCGACCCACAUGCCCCUGCACGAGUACUGCUUCGCGACGGCGGCCUCGGCCCCGGACGCGCCGUGCCUCAUCACCGCGGCCACGGGGAAAACCUACACGUUCGCCGAGACGCACCUGCUCUGCCGCAAGGCCGCGGCGGCGCUGCACGGGCUCGGCGUGAGCCACGGGGACCGGAUCAUGCUGCUGCUGCAGAACUCCGUGGAGUUCGCGCUCGCCUUCUUCGGCGCGUCCAUGCUCGGCGCCGUCAGCACGGCGGCGAACCCGUUCUGCACGCCGCAGGAGAUCCACAAGCAGCUCGUCGCCUCCGGCGCGAAGCUGGUCGUCACGCAGGCCGCGUACGUCGACAAGCUCCGGCACGAGGCGUUCCCACGAAUCGGCGAGGCCCUGACCGUGAUCACCAUCGACGAGGACGGCGGCACCCCGGACGGCUGCCAGCCGUUCUGGGCCCUCGUGUCGGCCGCCGACGAGGGCGCCGUCCCGGCGGGGACGCCCAUCUCGCCGGACGACGCGGUGGCGCUGCCCUACUCGUCGGGCACGACGGGGCUGCCCAAGGGGGUGGUGCUGACGCACGGGGGCCUGGUGUCGAGCGUGGCGCAGCAGGUGGACGGCGACAACCCGAACCUGCACAUGCGGGCGGGGGAGGACGUGGUGCUCUGCGUGCUGCCGCUGUUCCACAUCUUCUCGCUCAACUCGGUGCUGCUGUGCGCGCUGCGGGCGGGCGCCGCCGUGAUGCUGAUGCCCCGGUUCGAGAUGGGGGCCAUGCUGGAGGGCAUCGAGCGGUGGCGCGUCACGGUGGCGGCCGUGGUGCCGCCGCUCGUGCUCGCGCUCGCCAAGAACCCCGGGGUGGAGAAGCACGACCUCAGCUCCAUCCGGAUCGUGCUCUCCGGCGCCGCCCCGCUCGGCAAGGAGCUCGAGGACGCGCUACGUGGCCGCCUGCCGCAGGCCAUCUUCGGACAGGGCUACGGGAUGACGGAGGCCGGGCCGGUGCUGUCCAUGUGCCCGGCGUUCGCGCGGGAGCCGACGCCGGCCAAGUCCGGCUCGUGCGGCACGGUGGUGCGCAACGCCCAGCUCAAGGUGGUCGACCCCGACACCGGCGUCUCCCUCGGCCGCAACCUCCCCGGCGAGAUCUGCAUCCGCGGCCCGCAGAUCAUGAAAGGAUACUUGAAUGACCCCGUGGCCACCGCCGCGACCAUCGACGUCGAGGGGUGGCUCCACACCGGCGACAUCGGCUACGUCGAUGAUGACGACGAGGUCUUCAUCGUCGACCGCGUCAAGGAGCUCAUCAAGUUCAAGGGCUUCCAGGUACCGCCGGCCGAGCUCGAGGCUCUGCUCAUCGCGCAUCCGUCCAUCGCCGACGCGGCCGUCGUCCCGCAAAAGGAUGAUGCCGCCGGCGAGGUCCCGGUCGCCUUCGUGGUCCGCGCCGCCGACUCCGACAUCGCCGAGGAGGCCAUCAAGGAGUUCGUAUCCAAGCAGGUGGUGUUCUACAAGAGGCUGCACAAGGUCUACUUCACCCACGCGAUCCCCAAGUCGGCGUCGGGGAAGAUACUCAGGAAAGAACUCAGAGCUAAACUCGCCGCCCCGGCCACUGCCUGAAGAGUGCUGUUCAUGGCUUCAUGUCGAUCAGAAAGGCAGUUCCAGCAUAUAUGUUCCACCUUUUGUUUCAUUUGGAAGAUUGUGUAUUCCAGCUAGUGGCCAGUGACUGAGUAAGGGAUGGGGAUAAAAGUUUUGUCUGCGUUUUCUUUUAUGCUACUCUCUCCAUUGAGGAGUACAAUGUAUCAGGGGAUUCGUGAUUGAAGUUAAUCAAGAUUGGUUCAAUUA